UUAUAAUAUUACUAUAAGGCGUGAAAGUAGCACAGUGAUUAGUUGAUAUAUAUAAAAGACAAAUAGAGUGAUUGUGAAUUAAUCAAGAAAAUUCUCCUUUGGAAAAAAUAAGCUUUCGAUCAGUCUCUGUUCAUAGUGCUGAAAUCACACGCGCCCGUGUUUAUAUGAAUGCGCGUUCACGAUGACGCGCAAGAUCGCCGCGUGUGUCUCCCAAGAUCCGCUGAGAAUGACUGCAGAUCCGCGCUCGUGUGGGUGAGGAUGCUCACGGGCUCGAUGGGCUGCGGGGGAAGCAGAUCCGCCGCGAUCGAACCCCGAUAUUACGAGAGCAGAGACACCGAAUCGACGUGGCUCACGAGCACCGACACGGAGACGCAACGGACAGCUGCCGGUAACGGAACCGGCGAGAGCCCAAGCGGGAAUGACAAUACAGCAGCGGCAGCAGCAGCAGCCGCCGGAUCAGGUCAAAAAGAAGAGAAGCCCAUGACGGUGACCAGAAGCUCUUCUGCCAAAGAGAAGAAGCUGGUGAACGCCGGCACACAGUGUGGGAGAAACACCGGCAACACCCAAAGGAGACCAGCGCACAGAGACGAGGUUAAAAGUAAAUCAAAGAAAGUCUCCCAGACUGACAGCGUUAAAAGUGUCUGUCCAGCUGUAAACACAGACGUGAUGCCUUGACGUUAGAGUUUGUGGGAAAGCCUCUGCUGUCAAACACGUCUAAUGAGGGCCUUUCAUUCUAAUUGAAUGCUGUUAAUGAUGGCAGAUCUGAUCUAAUCGUCCGUUUGUCUGCAUGUAAAAGUUGAGCGCUGGAGCGGAUGGCGACCCUAACAUGCUGCAACCCCUGUCAUUUUGAACUGCUGCAUCUCUGUUUCUAAAGUGUUAUUUAUUUCCCAACAAUUAGUGUUUAAUAUUUUGUUGGUAUUAUGUAUUUUCAUCAGUAUUGUAGUGCCUAAUGAGUCUGUGUGAUAAUGCAGAUAUACAAAUGUCUCAGGUUGUGAAGACACAUAACAUUGUCUUUUUCCUCUAAAUGAAACGGAAGUUGGUUUGGAUUCAUUUAUGAUUUAAUGAAGUAAUAUGUUUGAUUUUAAUCAGUCAGUUUGUUCAUAUCAUUUACAGGGACUCUGGAAAGAAUUCUGAGUCAAAAUGGCACAAGAAUAUUUUGAGUUAAUAUUUUACUAUAAAACUAAAGAGCUGAUAAAAAAAGCAUAAUAAAAAUUCUAAAAUGGAAAUAUUUUCUUGCUUCAAUUUUACAGCUUUUGAAUUGCAACAAUGUGUUUAUUUCUUGUAAAAUGCGAUGAUUUACUAAACUGUAAGUCACAUGUGUGGAACAUAUUUCAUCUUUAAAUCAACAGGGGAAUUUUUUUUAGUACAGUAGAAUUACAAUAUGUCAUUAAAGAGAAUGUUUAAAAAAAUAGAAUAUUUUUAUUUUAAUUAUUUUUUGCAA